UUUUAGAAUGCAAAAUACAAAUUUUACGUUUCAUGAGGCGAUGAAGGAUUCGCCAAACUUUAGAUACGAACUUGGACAAAGUGAACGUUAUUUUGACCGUCUUCACAAAAGAAUGGAAGAUAUGGUCAAUAUUGUCGACAUUGUAAUUGGAAAUGGUCAACGUUUUGUAGCUUCGUUGUAUGAUUUAACCGUGGCUUUAAACCGUCUUUGGUUGGAUAUGCAAAUUGAUGAAAAUAAAAACAAAAUGGCUUUGGAUACCUACAAACAAAUGUCAGAUUCUCUUUCACAAAUUGUCUAUUUAAAUAAAUCGCUUGUUGACUUGGCUUAUCCUUCUUUAAAGACGGGAUUUGAAUCUUUUAUGAGACGUGAAUUGGGAAAAUUGAAUGAAGUCAAAAGCCAUUUUAAUAAUUUGUCGUCUUCGCUGUCUGAAGCGUUAUUGAAGAAAGCUGCUAUAAAUAAAAAUAAAUUUCAGGAAAUGCACGAUGCAGAAAAUUCUUUAACGGCAAUUGGAACAUGUUUCUCUCAUACUGGACUUGAUUAUGUUGCCCAAAUCAACAUUGUUAAUGCUCUCAAAUGCCCAAUAAUUUUGGAAACUCUUUGGGCGUUUAUUAAAGAACAUGGAAAUUUUUUUACUAAAGGAGCUCACUUUUUUGCAGAACAACAAGAAUUUACUGUUAGAGAUGAAUUGGCAGCGCUUAGAACUUCUUACAAACAAAUUGAAAGGCGAAUGCAGGAUAGACACACUUUUGUUCCUAAAGUAGGUGUUUUUAUGAGUAAUUUUAGGGUUUUUUAA